CGAUGAGAGCCGACACAGAGCAGACUCAACGCUAUUCCUUCUGACAGAUUAUCUGCAAUUGCGUGUUAUAUAAUUCUUAUCAAACAAGCAACGUUUUAUAUUAUAUAUACAUCUGUGUUUUUUCCAUUAAGAAGAAAACAAAAUUUUAUUAAAUUAAAAUUCAAGAAAAGAAGUGGAAAAGAAAAUAAUGGAAAGUAAAAGUGAAACUAUAGAUCAAAGCUUAAGUGAAGAAGAUUAUGGCUUGCCAUUUUUUUAUAAUGUGAUCUCCGUAGUGAAACGACAAUGCUCGCGGUUUCAACAUUACAAAUGGAACAUAAUUGAAAAAGGUUCCAUAAAGACACCUCAAAGUGAAAGAAGAAAUUUCUCGCUUGAAUUAAUCGAUUCGGCACUGUCUCAAAUAAAAAAACACAUUGUGACAACAAAAUGCACUAAAAGUUCAUUUCUCAGCAAUACGGAAAAUAAAACCCCUAUCAAAAUCUUUAUCAAAGAUGAAGCUUUCCAGUCAAUGGGUAGUGUUAAAACACGAGGUGUGAUUUACACUCUUCUACAGCUGUCAGACGCACAGAGAGAAAAAGGAGUAAUUGCAGCCUCAACGGGCAGCUUCGCUACUAUUCUCUGUCAUUAUGGACACGAAUUGAACGUACCAGUGACAGUGGUGAUGCCGAAAUCAGCGGCGACUGAAGAUUUGAAUUUUUGCCAAUCAAUAGCAGCAAGAUGUAAAACUAAUAGAUGUCCAAGUUGUGUGAAAAAACAAAUAAAAGUGAUUACCCGCGGUAAUAUGACAGCAGCGUUUAAGCUUGCUUUACAUAUUGCCAAGGAGGACGGCUUGUAUUAUCUUGAUGGAAAUGAUAAUCCAGAUAUGAUCAUUGGACAAGCCACGAUGGGUUUAGAACUUAUAAAUCAAUUGAGUGACAUCGAUGCAGUCAUACUACCGACAAUUAUUGAUGGUUGCGGAUUAACAACGGGUAUUGCUACGGUUAUUAGAGAACGUAAUCCAAAUAUACGUUAUGUUUUUGAAGUUCAACCUGAAGUUAUUGAUUGUUUAGUCGAAAAUAUUAGAAACGAAGAUGAUUUGCUUCAUAAAUGGGGCAUUUCUGAAAUUAAGUAUCCGUGGUAUCAAGAUUUGAAUUAUCCCAAGGCGGGACAUUGGUUCGACGAAACUGUUAAGCCAAAUCAAAAGGAAGUUGAUAAAUAUGCUGAUGUCUUUAAAACAUAUUUAAAAAACGACUCCAUCAAACCUUAUGUAGCAGUUGCUUUAUUUCAGCUUCUACAUGAUAUUAAGUAUAAGGAUAAGUUAAAAAGGGUGGUAAUAUGUCAAUUUGGAAAAAUAGACUCAUCUAAGGACCUCACGGAUAAACCAAGUUCGGAACGUUGCACUGCUUGCUCGCUUCACAACUACGGAACGCUGGUUAGAGCUAGGCCCGCUAAUAUGUCGUGAAUGAAUCUGAAUGGUUGACAAUUCAUAAGAGAAGACAAUCGUUAAAAAAUCGAGCAUUUAUCUUAAGCACUCAAAUAUAAUCUGUAAAAUAUGACAUGCGGAAUACAUCGCACACUCGAGAGAGAGAGAGAGAGAGAGAGAGAGAGAGAGAGAGAGAAUUUAGUGGAAUUAUCGAUUCUCUUACAAUUUGUUUCUCUUACAAUAUAUAAUGCUGAUAUAUUGUUGAAUAGUAAUAUUAUCAAAUUAAUCAAAUUUUCAAAUUUAUGUGUAAGUUUUAUGCAACAGAAGAUAAACAUAAACUAAGGUAUAUAAUCAUAAGACAAUUGAAAUUAAAUUAUUCAAUUACUUAUAUACCUUAUUUUAUUCAUCUAUCUUUUUUGUAAACUAAUGGUAAAUAUAUUUGUGAUGCAUUGUUUAAUACGUUAAAAAUAUUUUUAAUACAGUAUAUACGUAUAAUAUA